AUGGCUCAACUCACUCAUCCAACAACCUUUGAAGGUUUCCAAAUCAAACGUGUCUGUAUCGUUGGCGCUGGCUCCAGUGGUCUCUCCUCCAUAAAGGCUCUUCUCGAAUCCAAUUUCACAAUCAAACCAGAAUCCGUUCCUUCCUAUCCACAUAAUUUUCAAACUAACAAUAAUAACAACAAUAACAACCACACGAAUCCAAACUCUUCCGAUCCAUUCAAACCAAAAAUUCUAUUCGAACCCGUGUGUUACGAAGCAACCAAUGACAUUGGUGGUUUGUGGAAAUUUUCACAACAAGAAAGUGAAUUUUCAUCUGUGUAUAAAUCGACAGUGAUCAAUACGAGUAAGGAAAUGAUGAGUUUUUCGGAUUUUCCCAUACCGGAUGAGUUUCCUUCGUUUUUACCACAUUACAAGAUUAUUGAGUAUUUUAAAAUGUAUGCCGAUCAUUUCUCGUUGUGGAAAUAUAUUCAUUUGGAAACUCGAGUGGUGUCGAUCACUAAAAAAGGAGAGAAAUAUCUUGUGAAGAGUGUGAAACAUGUUAACAAGGAUGACCAUACACCAUGUGAAAAGGUAGAAGAAUUUGAUUUUGUGAUGGCCUGUACUGGACAUCAUUCCAAACCUCAAAUUCCUCAAUUCGAAGGUCUUAAUGAACAUUUCAAAGGUCAUGUCAUGCAUUCACACGCCUACAAGGAUCCAUUCAAAGAAGAAUUUCUCAACAAGAAUGUUCUCGUUAUUGGAAUUGGAAACAGUGGAGGAGAUAUUGCAACAGAAUUGGCCAAAAACGUUGCAAAAAGCGUCAUUCUCUCCACUCGUUCAGGAACAUGGAUCAUUCCAAGAGAAUCUCUUUUUGGUUCUCCAUUGGAUCACGUUCCUCGUUAUUUGUGGUUAUUACCAACUGCUGUUUUACAACUAGUCAUGGAAAGUACCAUGAAAUUAUUUUACGGAAAUAUUGAAGGAGUGGCAAGAAAUUUACAACCUCGUCAUCACUUGUUGAGUUCUCAUCCAACGAUUAAUAGUGAACUUGUUGGAAAGAUUCGAACUGGAGCAAUUUCUGUUCAAAGAAAUGUUUCGAAAUUUUUAAAGGAUGGUCAUUCAGUUGAAUUUGAAGAUGGAACCAUUGUUCACAACGUUGACACUGUGAUUUUGUGUACAGGUUACAAAAUUGAAUUCCCGUAUUUGAAUGAAAUUUCUGAGGACUUGUCAUUGUGUCAACGAGAGGACAAUCAAGUUCAUUUAUACAAGUACAUGUUCCAUCCUUCACAUAAAUCCAUCGCCUUCAUUGGUCUAGUUCAACCAUUGGGAGCAAUCAUGCCCAUUUCAGAAUUACAAGCAAGAAUUGCCACUCGUGUAUUCCGUGGAGACUGUCACUUGCCAUCCGAAGCUGAAAUGAACACAGACAUUGAAUUGAAAAAAAAGAAUAUGGAACAACGAUAUCUCAAAUCUAAACGACAUACCAUUCAAGUCGAUUACACACUCUACAUGGAUGAACUUGCAGAAAUGAUUCAAGUUCAACCUCGUUAUUUAAAUUAUCUUUUCACACAUCCAAGAUUAUUUGUGAAAUUAUUGAACUCUCCAGCAUUUCCAGCCACGUAUCGAAUUGAAGAUCAGUCUCCAUUCAUUGAUCAAAAACAACGUCAAAUGGAACGAGAACAAGCUAUAGAAACUCUUCAAAAAUUUUCCUAUGAUUUACUGUCUGAAAAUUAUCAACCCAAUCCCAAUGAAAGAAGUAAUAAGAGAGAAAAUUCGUUUGUCUUGGUAGUAGUGUUACAGGCCGUGUUUUUAUUUUUCGUUUAUUUGAUUUAUGUAUUGAGAAGAAAAUUGAACUAA